UAUCCGUAAUCUAUUUUAAACUAAAUUUAUAAGGUGAUAAGAUUUAAAUUAAUAAUUAGAGGAAGAUACUACAAUAACAACCUUUUGUUGGCUGUACUUUUUUAUGAGAGCGAAUUUGUUAUCAAAAUCUUAAGAUAUCAAAGUUCAACUUUCGUAAUAUAUUUAUUCUGUAUUCAAUAAUCAUCAAGUUGUUUGUCAGCUUGUAAGUAAAGCAGUGCUACGUAAGAUUUUGUCAAAAAUGGCUGGUGCCGGAUCUGUUACUCGUUUAAUUCUAGGUAAAAGUUUGAUGACCGGCCGUGUUUCAACUAUCGUCAAUGCCGAUUUUGUGAAGUUCUACAGCGUUGCACCAUCAUAUGAAAACAUCAUAGUUGAUGUAGUUGGUACGAAGAAAAAUGUAGGCCUUAUCCAACUAAACAGACCUAAGGCACUGAAUGCACUCUGCAAGCCUCUGUUUCAGGAGAUUGGUAAAGCAGUGAAGGACUUUGAAAACAAUGAUAGUAUUGCAACCAUCAUCAUCACCGGCAAUGAGAAAGCAUUUGCGGCUGGUGCAGACAUCAAGGAAAUGCAAAACAAUACCUACAGCACAAAUCAAAAACAAGGUUUCCUUCAAGAAUGGGAAGAUAUCAGCAAUUGUGGGAAACCGAUCAUUGCUGCUGUCAAUGGAUUCGCUCUAGGCGGUGGGUGCGAAUUAGCCAUGUUAUGCGACAUUAUUUACGCCGGUGAAAAAGCAAAGUUCGGACAACCAGAGAUUAAUAUCGGCACGAUCCCCGGCGCGGGCGGCACCCAGCGCCUGCCACGGUACGUCGGCAAAUCUAAAGCCAUGGAAAUUGUACUCACCGGCAACUUCAUAGAUGCCCACGAAGCCGAAAAGAUGGGCUUAGUCAGCAGAGUAUUCCCAGUCGACAAGCUUCUAGAAGAGACCAUUAAACUGGCAGAAAGAAUCGGCACCCAUUCGCCGCUGAUAGUGAAGAUGGCCAAGCAGGCAGUGAAUCAAGCCUAUGAGACAACGCUUCGUAGUGGUUUGCAAUAUGAGAAGUCGCUCUUCUACGGCACUUUCGCAACGGUUAGUACUAUUUAUGGCGAGUUCCAUGGCGAGGACCGCGCAAACUAUAGUAAUGGAAUUUUUAAAGACACAAUGGAUUACUUAUUCCUUUGCUGCUCCUUUGUAAGAAAAGUUUGAGAUCUACAAAAUUUGUUCUAAAAUAAUCCUUUUUCGUUUACAGGAGGACCGUAAGGAAGGAAUGACUGCCUUUAUUGAUAAGAGAGCACCGAAUUUCAAGAAUGAAUAAGAUUUUCGUCCCUUAUCGAUUUUAUGCCAUUUAUAGUGUUAAGAAAAAAUGCAAUAUUCCAAUUUUGUAUUGUUGUUACAUAUAAAUCAUGUUAGAAAUAUAUAUAUUUUUAAUACAG